CAUUUCAUCGCUGUACGUAUAAAAACCAUUGGUUGUUUUAUUGCAGGCAGCGGCUGCUUCUUCAUUGCAGGAGGUCGAUCUAAGACGAAGAGAAAAUGGCAGCACCGCAAGUAAAGACUGGUCUGUUCGUGGGGUUGAACAAAGGACACGUGACGACAAGACGCGAGCUAGCUCCUCGUCCCAACUCUCGCAAAGGGAAAACGAGCAAGAGGACACUUUUCAUCAGAUCUUUGAUCAGGGAAGUUGCUGGAUUCGCUCCUUACGAGAAGAGAAUCACUGAGCUACUCAAGGUUGGUAAAGACAAGAGGGCUCUUAAGGUUGCCAAGAGGAAGUUGGGUACCCACAAGAGAGCCAAGCGAAAGAGAGAGGAGAUGUCUAGUGUUCUCCGCAAGAUGAGGUCUGGUGGUGGUGGUGUUACUGAGAAGAAGAAGUAAAACAUCUCUUCUGUUUUAUUGGAGCUUUGUUAUUUUUAGAACUCUUCAAAUUUUGUUUCGAUCUUGCAUAUCAGCUUAUGCUCAAAAACAUCUCUGUGUGUUUUGUUAUUAAUAUGGACUAAAUGUUGUUUCACUUCCGUUUUCUCGUUGAGCAUUUUAAACCUUUCUACAUUC